AUGACGCCUUUAUACAGCGCGGAAGAGCCGGAAGUAGAUAUUGUCGCUAUCACAGGCCUCGCUGGCCACGCAUAUGGCUCCUGGAAGGCGCGGGACCAUCCGUGGAUGUUGUUACGGGACUUCCUGCCGACAGAUUUGCAACAAAACGGUCACAAAGUCAGAAUUCUCACCUUUGGCUACAACUCAGCCCUGCUUGAGAGCACGACCACAUCUUCGAUCCAACACUUUGCGAGAAAGCUUUUUGACAGUCUGAAAAGGGAACGCACUGGCGAGAAUGAACGGCACCGUCCAAUCAUCUUCAUAGGCCAUAGCCUCGGUGGCUUGAUCAUCAAGCAGGCACUCGCAGAUGCAUCGCAGAAAAAUGAACAGUACUACGAGGACGAUGCAGUGAUUCUAUCCUCGUGUACGGGCCUCUUUUUUUUCGGCGUUCCCAACCGGAUACUCAAUGUCGAAAACUUGAGGGUUUUGGUGAAGGACCAGAAGAAUGAACACUUCAUCAACGACCUGAGGGAAGGCUCGGAAUUCCUAUGGCAGUCCUACCAACGAUUCACACAAUGCGUUGAGCUUAAGGGUUGCCAGGUCACGUCGUACGAUGAACUCAGAGACACCCAACCCCUUACACAAGCAGUUGGAAUUGAUGCCGACCAUUCAAACAUGGUGAAAUUCACCGACAGCCAGGACGAUCGCUAUCUCCAAGUAUUGGGGAGACUGUCACAGUCUAUUGGGAGCGCUUCGAUCAUUAUCGAAGCCCGCAUACAUGAAGUGAUAAAGCCCGUGGUCAUGGUGCCCUCGAGUAUGAAUCCGGAUUUCGUUGGGAGAGAGGAGAUAUUCCGAAAACUUGAAUCGCUGCGGCCUCCCAAAGGUGGAAAGCAAUUACGGCGGGCCGCACUGUAUGGACUUGGAGGAAUAGGGAAAACUUCGAUAGCGAUUGGGUUUUGUUACCGAAGACACAAAGCUCAUCCGCAAGCUCACACCUUCUGGCUACACGCCGAUUCGCACGAAACCUUCAAUGACAGCUAUCUGGAGUUGAGGCGCAGAGCCAAGCUCUUGCGUGACGACGACCCGGACGAAAAACGGCCGUUGGAGCGCGUGGAGGAAUGGCUGGAGAGUUCGGCCAGCGGCGACUGGACGAUUAUUAUCGAUAAUUUUGACGAGGCCGACUCAUACCUCGCGAAACACCUUCCACUACAGGGCGGGGUGAUCUUGUAUGCAACACGCGACCGGAGGCUCAUCGGGAAUGCUCAAUACGUGCCGUCCGGCGCUGGAGUCAAUACUGAUGCUAUGAGCGACAAGGAAGCAUUGGAGAUGUUUACAAAGGUUUUGGCUGCCGAUGCAUCUGCCGCCCUGAUGGAUACCGAAGAUGCCCAUGAACUGCUGGGUCGGCUGGAGAGACUGCCCCUAGCAAUAGCUCAAGCAGCAGCAUUUACAAAGGAAACUGGGGUUGCGAUCUUGGAGUAUCUCGAGGCCUUCAGCAAGUGUGACAGCGAGUAG